CGUUACGUUUUUGGAGCAUCAAUGUAGAACUAUUCGCAUAGUGCACAAAGAAGCUCUGCUGGGAACACUGAUUUUAUUCCAUUCGAGCGAGAUUUAGGGAAACUAUUUAUAUCGAAAUAGCUCUCGAAAAGUGUAACUUGACGUUGUGAAUUAACAUUGAUUAGCAUGCGCUGCUUAUAUAAGGUUUCUUGUAGCUCUUAGAUAAUGUUUGCGUCCCUCUCCCCCUCCUUGCUCGCGAAAAGUCAUCGCGAUGACAUUAGUUCGGUAGAGUGAAGCAUUUCCGUAGCGGAGCACUGUGGAUGCCAUUGGAUUUCUCGCGUCCCGAAAGGCAAAAAGCAGAGAAGCGGUGGCGCGCCUCGCGAUCGUUACGGACCAUCCUCUGUGCUGCACACUGGCCCGUGAAUUCCUGUGAACGAGAUCUGAAAUCUCCUAAAUGGCCGCAGACUUACGAGAAGGAUUGCUGCUGGGUUUGGGGAAUCCUCUCUUGGAUAUCUCGGCACACGUAGAUUAUGAAUUUUUAAAAAAAUAUGACCUAAAAUCUAACAAUGCUAUUCUUGCUGAGGAGAAGCACAAGCCUUAUUUAUAUGAAGAGCUAAUUGACCUGUACAAUGCUGAAUUUACCGCGGGUGGAUCUGUGCAGAAUACCUUGAGAGUAGCGCAAUGGUUCUUACAAAAACCAAAAAUAGCCACCUACAUGGGCUGUGUCGGCAAAGACAAGUAUUCUAAGAUCUUGGAGGAUAAAGCGACCACGGAUGGCUUAAGCACUUGCUAUCAAUAUACCGAUCAGGAACCAACUGGAACGUGUGCCGUACUCAUCACUGGAAAGGAGCGCUCGCUGUGCGCUAAUCUAGCAGCAGCAAAUUGCUUUUCGCCAUCGCACAUCGAGAAGCCGGAAAACAAGCAUCUGAUAGAUAUCGCGAAGUACAUCUACAUAUCGGGAUUUUUCUUGACAGUCAGUCCCGAAUCCAUACAAACGGUAGCCAAGCACGCUUACGAGAACAACAAGAUGUUUAUGAUGAAUCUCAGUGCGCCGUUCCUGUGCGAGCUCUUCCAGAAGCCAAUGAUGGCGGCAUUUCCUUACAUCGACAUCUUGUUCGGGAACGAGACGGAAGCGGACGCGUUUGCGAAAAUGAACGGUCUUAACGAGACAGACAGAAGGCAGAUCGCGUUGAAGAUAUCAGAAAUGGAGAAGGUCAAUGUCAAAAGAAAAAGGAUUGUCGUGAUAACGCAGGGCGCCGAUAAUGUGAUUUUAGUUAAGGACGGGACGGUGACAGAAUAUCCCGUUACAAAACUGCCAGAGGAGAAGAUUGUAGACACUAAUGCCGCCGGGGACGCCUUUGUCGGAGGCUUUUUCGCGCAGCUUAUACAAGGUAAAAGCAUAGACACCUGUAUAAAAUGCGGUAUUUGGGCGGCAACGCAGAUCGUACAGAGAUCCGGAUGUACUUAUGAGGGAAAGCCAAACUUUCAGUCUUGAUGCCAAUGCGAUAGCGCUUCUAAGUCGUGUACUUAAUAAAUCUUUUAAUGAAUUUUUUUAACCCUAUCUUUUGUAUCGAGUUUUACAUUAAGUGCAAUCCGUAGCGCUUACGAAAAUAUUUGUAUUUAUUAACAUUCAGUAAACGUCCAUUUUGCUAACUUUAAGUGCAUGCGUUAGAUCGAUGGCGCAAUUUUAGGAAAGGAAAGAAUGGAAAUCAAUUUAUAUUUCGCUCAAUUGACGAGACCAAUGUCCAAUAUUAACUUUAAUCUCACUUUGGCUUACUUUCCACCCUUUCCCAGAAUUCCAAGAAUCAGGGAAAGGGUGAAGGGUACGUUAAACUGAAAUUACAGUUAAUGUAAGUGUCGGUAGAAAGGGAGAAUACAUAAAUCGUCCUGAGCGGGGCUGUCGCAUGCUCGGAGACGCGAAACUGCGCAGAAUUUCUCCCUCGCACGUACUUACAUCGCGCGCGCGGGGCACGCUAAUUUACAUACUGUCGGGGAAAAUCAAUACAAUCACCGAGGUAUGUAGAUAUUAUACCGAGAAUUUGCCGGUUAGCUUCGCAUAUACGCGGCCGCUGGCCGCUGGGGUGAUACCGUCCGGGAGAGCAUAUAGGGUAUAUUCAAUUAUGCGAGACGCUGCACGCGUGCGUCGUGCGCGGUGCGAUAUGCGGCCGAACUGCGGAGUUUGGAGCGGGACGGAGAUGAGGGAAAGGGGGAAAGAGAGAGAGAGAGAGAGAGAGAGAGAACGCGGGAUGGAUGGAUGGCCGCGGAAGAGGGAUGGUUCUUAAAAAAAAAAUCAAUAAUCUCAUUACGAAAUUGCAUUGGACAUACUGUGCGUUUUGCAUAUAAACAGCAGAAGUAACGCGCGUCACUCGCCCGCACCGGCAGGUGCGUAUUAAACCUGGCACCUACCUCCCCCAUAUACAUAUAUUUACAUAAACAGAAAGAUAUCUUGCCUCGAGAGGUUUCGCAUUUUUUGUGAAGUUUCCAAAGGAAUCUUAUACAAUACAUUUUGAGAUAUUAUUUAGUUAUCUAGAGAUGACUUCAAGAUAUCUUUUAGAAAUUUAAAAAACAUUUUUGUGCGACAAAUAUCUCGCAAGUAUCUUUUAAGAUGCCUUUCAGAAAAGAAUUUAAAGCUUCGAAUAUUUGUAAUUGUCAAAGGUAACUAAAGUAUGAUGAGUGUACGGUUUGCUUCUGAAUUUGUAUCCGUUUCCAUAGUAAAAAUAGUAACAUAACAAUACUACAAUUUCCUACUCAACACUGUAUAUAUUACGUACAACACGCGUUACAUUACAUUUAAUUAUUGAGUGCGAAAUUGUAAGACAGAUAUUACUUGGUACACAUCAAUAUUACUGUUAGUUGGUGUUUACUAGGUUCUUCAAUGUGUGUGAAUAAGGAAAUGGAGAAUUAAAAUAAACGUUAGAUCGAUUUAAAGGG